AUGGACAGAAAAAAGCGUCGCAUCGCCCUGGGUUGCGAGGGCUCGGCCAACAAACUAGGAAUCGGAGUGAUCGCACAUGACUCGGAAUCGGGCGAACCAACAGUGCUCUCCAAUGUACGGCACACCUUCGUAUCCCCUCCCGGGACAGGGUUCCUACCCAAGGACACGGCCCAGCACCACCGAGCCUUCUUCGUGCAGGUAGCCCUGCAGGCGCUCCGGGACGCGGGAGUCUCCGCAGCCGAGGUCGACUGCAUCUGCUACACCAAGGGGCCCGGGAUGGGCGGGCCCCUGACCUCGGUGGCCGUGGCGGCGCGGACGCUGGCCCUGCUCUGGGGCAAGCCCAUGGUGGGCGUCAACCACUGCGUCGGGCACAUCGAGAUGGGGCGUGCCAUCACGGGGGCCGACAACCCGGUGGUGCUGUACGUCAGCGGCGGCAACACGCAGGUAAUCGCCUACGCCGAGCAGCGGUACCGCAUCUUCGGCGAGACCCUCGAUAUCGCCGUCGGCAACUGCCUGGACCGCUUCGCCCGGACCCUGCGCAUCAGCAACGACCCGGCCCCGGGCUACAACAUCGAGCAGCUGGCCAAGAAGGGCGGGAGGGUGCUGCUUGACCUGCCCUACGCCGUCAAGGGCAUGGACUGCUCCUUCAGCGGCAUCCUGGCCAGGGCCGACGAGCUCGCCUCCCAGAUGUACGCCGGCCGGAAGACGGCGGACGGGGCGCCGUUCUCGCCGGCGGACCUGUGCUUCAGCCUGCAGGAGACGGUGUUCGCGAUGCUGGUCGAGAUCACCGAGAGGGCGAUGGCGCACGUGGGGAGCAGCCAGGUGCUCAUCGUCGGCGGGGUUGGUUCCAACGAGCGCCUACAGGAGAUGAUGGGCGCCAUGGCGGCGGACAGGGGCGGUAGCGUUUACGCCACCGACGAGCGCUUCUGCAUCGACAACGGCAUCAUGAUUGCGCAUGCUGGCCUGCUCGCCUACGAAACGGGAUUCCGGACACCGCUGGAAGAGAGUACGUGCACGCAGAGAUUCAGGACUGACGAGGUUUUCGUCAAGUGGAGAGAUUGA